UGCAGCCAGCCGGUUAUGAAACACCGAGAAGUAUAAAAGCCUGCUAGCCCUCUGGGCUGUUUUUCCCCUGACAGAGAUGGAGGCUGUGAGCAGGCUUGUCCCCUUGGCCCUUUUCAUCAUGCCGUGUUUGGCAGAGUUCAACUGGACCCAGUCUGAAGGCAAAUCUAGCUGCCAGGCCACCGUGGGAGGCACCAGCCAAUCGGAUGCCCAUAGAGCCCUAAUCCUGCAACUCAAUCCCAAUGAGGACUGCACCUGGACACUAGAAAAACCAGAAAACAAAAGCAUCAGAAUCAUUUUUUCCCACUUCCAGCUGGAUCCCGGUGGAGGGUGUAAAAAUGAAAACAUUAAAGUUUUUGAUGGAAACUCUACCAAGGGGUCUCUGCUCGGGAAAGUCUGCAGUAAACAUGACUACGUUCCUGUUUUUGAGUCAUCAUCCGAUACGUUAACGGUUCAAAUAGUCACCGAUUCUGUAAGAAUGCAAAGAACUGUCUUCAUCUUCUACUACUACUUCUCACCCGGCACCUCUAUUCCAAACUGUGGUGGUUACUUGGAUGCCUCCGAAGGAUCCUUUACCAGCCCCAAUUACCCAAAUCCACAUCCUGCACUGGCUUACUGCGUGUGGCACAUACAAGUGGAGAAAGGUUACAAGAUAAAAUUACACUUCAAAGACAUUUUCAUAGAAGUGGACGAAUACUGCAGAUUUGGCUUCAUUGCCGUUUAUGAUGGCUUCUCCACCACCUCUGGCCUGCUUGGACAAGUGUGUGGCUACGUGAAGCCCACCUUUGAAUCCUCGUCAGACUCGCUGACCGUUGUGCUAUCUACAGAUUAUGCCAACUCCUACCGAGGCUUCACUGCUUCCUACACUUCAGUUUACGCGGGAAACGUCAACACUACAUCCUUAACUUGCUCCUCAGACAAGAUGAGAGUUAUCAUUAGUAAAUCCUACCUGGGAUUAUUAAAAUAUAGCGAGAAUAACUUACAACUAAAUGACCCAACUUGCAGACCAAAGAUGUCAAAUGUGGUGGAAUUUUCUAUUCCUCUGAAUGGAUGCGGUACAGUCAAAAAGGUAGAAGAUCAUUCAAUUACUUACACCAACAUAAUCACUCUCAUUCCGUCCUCCGCAUCGGAAGUGAUCACCCGCCAGAAACAUCUCCAGAUUGUUCUGAAGUGUGAAAUGGAACGUAAUUCUACUGUGGAGAUGAUGUACAUAACAGAAGAUGACAUAAUACAAAAUCAAAAUGUGCUGGGCAAAUAUAACACAAGCAUGGCUCUUUUUGAAUCCAAUUCAUUUGAAAAGCCUCUGCUGGAGUCACCAUAUUAUGUGGAUUUGAACCAAACUCUUUUUGUUCAAGUCAGCGUCCACACCUCGGAUCCAGAUUUGGUGGUUUUUCUUGAUACCUGUAUUGCCUCUCCCACGUCUGACUUUGCAUCCCCAACCUAUGACCUCAUCAAGAGUGGAUGUAGUCGAGAUGAGACUUGUGAGGUGUAUCCGUUUUCUGGACACUAUGGAAGAUUCCAAUUUAAUGCCUUUAAAUUCUUGAGAAAUCUGGGCUCCGUGUAUCUACAGUGUAAGAUUUUAAUAUGUGACAGUAGUGACCAUCAGUCUCGCUGCAACCAAGGCUGUGUCUCUAGAAGGAAACGAGACAUUUCUUCAUACAAAUGGAAGGCGGAUUCUGUCAUAGGACCUAUUCGUCUGAAAAGGGAUCAAAGUGCAAGUGGAAAUUCAGGAUUUCAGUAUCAAAUACAUGGAGAAGAAACUCAGAAUCAACCUUUCAACAGUCUGCAACUAUUUUUAUUCAUGGCUCUUGCUCUGAAUGUAGUGAUUGUGGCUACGAUCACAGCAAGGCAUUUUGUGAAGCAGAGAACAGACUACAAGUACCAGAAGCUGUAGAAUAUGAACUAACGGGUUCAGCCUUAAGUGAGACACGUUCCUCCUGAACACCAAAGGAAAUGCUACCCAUUAUGAAUAAAUUAGGGAGAGCCUCAUAAGAGUGAUGCACAGGUCUUGCUGUCAUUGUGGUCAGUGUGCUGCCUUGCAGGGUGGUUGAAAUGAGUGAACAUUAUGUAAGUUAGGUCUCAUGAUAAAGACCUGAAGCCACCAAAAUAUUAAAUGAAUUAAAAGCAUCCUUUUUCACAAAGCAUUUUCAGUAAAUAAUUAGGUGAAAGGAAAAAAAAAGACAUAAGUCUUCAGCAUUAGAUGUAUUUAUUUUCUAGAUGCAAAUGUGUUACCUUUUGAAACAUAUAUGAACGUUAUAAUUUCUGAAACGAAGUGUGACAAAGAGAAUGACCAUCUUUGUUAUUCA